UCGGAGCCCUUUGGCUGUGAAGGCUUGCCUGGCACCUCUUCUGAUCUUGAACAGCAAGUGUGUCACCUCCAAGGGCCUGUGAGAGGUUCCUGUAGGCACUCCAGCCCUCCUCCUGGCUUGCAUCCCUCAGGACAAGGAGCCGGUCCGAGAGAAAGGAGUCCAGCAAUGGCUUCCUGGGGCCUGCGGCCAGCUGCCUUCCUGAGUCUCGGGCUCAUAUUCAUGGUGGGGAUGGUGUGUCGGUUCCUGUCUAUUCAGCAGUCCCGGGGCAAGGUCCUGCCUCCGCCACCCCUGCCUGCCUGGUCCCAUCAGACACCUUCUCCAGAGGCUGAGGAACUGAGGGCGCUCCUGCUGCAGCUUGAGUGGCCUGCUCCGCCGUGGACCGAGCGGGCCUUCCAUCACUCCACCAGCCCACAGAAGAGCCACUACAAGCUUUCGCACUCCCAGCACAAUUACACCGUGGGUGACACACUGCUGGUUCGGUUGGAGGCUCGGGACCACAGUGGGCAACCCAAGCGCUACGGCGGGGACUUCUUCCGGGCCAAGGUGCACUCCCCAGAGCUGAAGGCUAGUGUUGCUGGGACUGUGCAGGACCACAGUAAUGGCACCUACACACUGGCUUUCCCACUCCUGUGGGCGGGUACAGUGCAAGUUUCUGUGCGCCUCAUCCACUCCAGCGAGGCCGUGGCCCUCCUCCGCCACAUCCGCCACUCCCAGCCCUCCACCGUUGCCUUCUGGGGCUACUAUGAGAAGCCAGGACAGCCAGGUCCAGAGGAGAGGACUGAAUGCAACGUACAUCCACUCCCAGGCCUGAACUGCCAGUAUGUAGAUGCUGGCACGGGAGAGCGCUGGUUUUGUGCCCAACCAGAGCACCUCCCUUGCGGCGCCCUUGUGCAUCACUCUGCUGGGCGCUACAAAGAGGUGGUCAGCAAAACGGAGAGCACCUUCCUUGGUGGGGCUGUGACGGACCAGACUGUCCCAGGGAAUGUGUCCGUGAUCCGGGUGCUGCCAGGACCCCAGCGGAUGGCCCACUCCCCGCCUCACCUCUGUCGCCCAGGCCUUGCCCCAGCCCACCCACCAGGCUUCUACUACAGAGACGUGUGGAUGUCCCUGGAGUGUUCCAGCCACACUUUUCCCACCCCAGACUUGGCCCUGGACUGCUUGAGAGGCAAGAUUGUCCACAUGAUUGGAGACUCCACUCUGCGUCAGUGGUGGGAAUUCUUGGUGGCCUUCAUCCCAUCACUCAAGCAUCUAGACCUCCAUGUGACUUAUCAGUCAGGCCCGUUGCUGGCUGUGGAGCCUGCACAGGGGCUGGUGUUGUGGUGGCGUGCACACGGCCUUCCACUGCGCACUCUGAAGACCAAGGUUGCUGACCUGCACUACGUGGCCAAUGAACUGAAUGCACUAGGUGGAGGCCCUGACGUGGUGGUGGUCUUCACCCUCUGGGCCCAUUUCACCACCUUUCCCGUGGAGCUGUAUGCCCACCGACUGCACAGGGUUCGACAGGCUGUAGCCCAGCUCCUGGCCCGUAGCCCCUUCACCACUGUGGUGCUCAAGACAGCCAACACAGGCUACAAGUCUGUCUAUGGCAGCGACUGGCUCUCCAUGCAGCUGGACAGCAUCCUCCGAGCCAUGUUUGCUGGCAUGCCGGUGGCCAUUGUGGAUGCCUGGGCUAUGACCACCUGCCAUUACCUGCCCGACAACAUCCACCCUGGCAAGGUUGUUGUACGCAAUGAGGUUGACGCCUUCCUCUCCUACGUCUGCCCCAAAGACUGAGGUGGGAUGGGGAGGCAGUAUGGGAAAGACUGAAGGGUGGCUAGGAGAGGACUUUGCAAUCAGGCUCUUUGUGCAUUCAACUUCUGGAAAGCCCCCCCCCCCUGCAGCACUCUCUGCAGUUUUUGUAGGUGUAGGACAACCUUUCCCCCUGCCACAGAUCCAGCAUGGAUCUCUCUCAGGAACUCAGCCAGGAAUUUUAUGGGGGGAGUGUCUAAGGAUACAUGGGGGGGGCACAUAAGUCAAUUUGAAACAUUAAAAAAUCUGGAUUGGAGUCUAGUCGCCAUAGGUUGGAGGCAACUUGACAGCACAUAACACACACCCGUGCUUAAUAUCACUUCAUUGCUUUAAACAGAAUUGAAUUCCAGUGCCACGUGCCCAAUUGCUGUUCUAGAUCCCAGUUUGCUGGGCGGCACUGACUGAGAUGCCACUCCCAGAAGAGAUCAGGUAGUUGACUAUACAACGUUUGCUCUGGACAAGCAU